AUGGGCAGCAUCAUCGGAACCAUGGGGUGCAGCAGUUCUGUAGCUGACAGAAGGUCAGAGAAAGUCAUUAGAGCUGCUAUCCUUAUCCAGAAUUGGUACCGCUUUACAAUGGCCCGGCUAGAGAUGAGGCGCCGCUAUUCUCUGAGUAUCUUUCAGUCAAUCGAAUAUGCUGAUGAGCAAGAUCAACUACAGCUAUCCAACUUUUUUACGUUCAUGCUGGAUCACUAUACUCAUCCUGAUUCAGUUUCUCACAUUUUCACCAGCCCUAGUGUUUCUCAGCUGGUGGAUGAAGGCUUAUGUUUAACAGAAUUUGAAGAGAGGAUUGAUGUUCCAGACUCCUAUUAUGGACCACGACUCUCAUUCCCCCUUACUGUUGAAGAUGCCAAUGCUCUUCUUCAUGCUUUCAGGAAUGAACAGCUGCUUCAUGCCCGCUAUGUACUGCAGCUACUAUGUGAAACUAGGAGAGUUCUCAAAGAGAUGCCAAAUAUCACGCAUCUUUCAACUUCGUACUCCAAGGAGAUAACUGUCUGUGGAGAUUUGCAUGGAAACCUGGAUGAUCUUUUGCUGAUAUUCUAUAAGAACGGUCUGCCUUCAGAACAAAACCGUUAUGUCUUUAAUGGUGAUUUUGUUGACAGAGGGAAAAAUUCUAUGGAAAUACUUAUAAUCCUGUUUGCAUUUCUUCUUAUCUACCCCAAUGAUUUGCACUUGAAUAGAGGAAACCACGAAGACUACAUCAUGAACCUGAGAUAUGGCUUCACAAAAGAAGUUUCAAAGAAGUACAAGGACCAUGGGAAACAGAUUUUGUGUCUUCUGCGAGACGUCUUUAGCUGGCUUCCCCUCGCCACUAUAAUUGAUAGCAAAGUUCUUAUCCUACACGGAGGGAUUUCAGACACUACAGAUUUGGAUUUCCUGAAUGCACUUGAGAGAAAUAAGUUAAAAUCUUUGAUGCGGCCACCAAAAUCAGUGAGAGACAGACAGGACCAAGUGAAGGAGAGAAUUCCCACAACCAGACCCAGUAAACACAUUGCCAACCAGAACGUUGCAGGGAAAACACAACACAUCUCUUCAUCGGGCUCCAGUGAGCCGUCGGGCUCAAAUUUGCCAUCAGACCCUGCCCUAAAGGAAUGGAAACAGAUCCUUGACAUUCUCUGGAGUGAUCCAAGAAGCCAAAAUGGCUGUACACCAAAUAAGUGUCGAGGAGGAGGUUGCUACUUUGGCCCUGAUGUCACUGCCAAGCUGUUUGAAAAGUAUAAUCUGAAGAUGCUCAUCAGGUCUCAUGAAUUUAAGCCGGAAGGUUAUGAGAUCAGUCACAAUGGGAAGGUUAUCACUAUAUUUUCUGCCUCUAACUAUUACGAAGAGGGGAGCAACCGGGGAGCAUACAUCAAACUGAAUCCUGAACUGAUUCCUCGGUUUGUACAGUAUCGAGUCAGCAAGUACACGCGCAGGCAGAAUCUUCGGGAGAGGGUGGGUACAAUUGAAUCUUCUGCCUUAAAGUCCUUACGAGAGAAGAUUUAUGCUCACAGGUCUGAACUCACGAGUGCUUUUGCACAGUAUGACCUCAACGGCACAGGUAAGAUUUCUGUCAACGACUGGGCUGCAGCGAUGGAGUCUGUCCUACAGCUGGAACUGCCCUGGAGGAUGCUGCGGCCUCAGCUGGCACAGAUGAACCCAGAUGGAGAAGUUGACUUCAUGUCAUGUUUUUACGAUUUGAAGAUAGGUCAACCGAUAAAAGAGGUUCAGCCAGCUUUGGUGGAAACACUGUGCAGGUACAGAAAGGAUCUGGAGAUCAUCUUUAAUGUCAUUGACAAAGAUCACUCAGGUCUGAUUUCUCUUGAGGAGUUUGGCCAGACAUGGAAGCUCUUCGCUUCUCACCUGGGCAUCGACGUGUACGAUGACUCCUUUGACAAGUUAGUCCUCAGCAUAGACUACAACAAAGAUGGCCACAUUGACUUCAACGAGUUUUUGGAGGCCUUUCACGUGGUUCACAGACUAGAGAAAAAGGCAAACUCAUGA